GUGGUUUAGAGUUUGUUUUUGUAAAAAACUACUUUUCCUGUGAAGUAAUGGACCUAAGUCAAGUUUUUUAUUUGGGGACACCGAUAAGAGGUCUCCUAGAUAGCCUGCUCGGCGGAUAGGAUGCGGCGGCAUGCACCGCAUCGCGCUGCUGAUGGCGGUGCUCACUAGGGCCAUCGCUUCAACAGCCAAUUACACCGGUCCACUAGCAACCGAAUCAGUAUCGCUUUCAUCGUCUUCGAUGCCUUUACCGGUCGUCUUCAAGAGCAUGAGGGUCACAGACAAGCCCAGACGCCAGAAGCCAGGAAAGUCUGACUCUCCCAUGUUGAAUUACAUCUUCGACUCUUACGCGACCAGCAACAAGCAUUUUCACGACAAGUUCAGACCGCCAUCAUUUGAUGACGUCACGUCCGAAGAUACUAUAAUCGAUGCCGACACAGGCUCAACAGUUGUCUUCGACUGUCGCGUAACAGCUUUAAGGGACAAAACGGUGUCCUGGAUUCGUGUUGCGGAUAAUGAAAACUUGGAGCUGCUUACCGUAGACUUAGAAACACACACAGCUGACGCCAGGUACAGAGUCGAUUUAGCUGGCGAGAACUGGAAGCUAGCUCUUGCCGAUGCUAAGGUGUCAGAUUCAGGAGUCUACUGCUGUCAUGUGUCCACACAUCCGCCCAUGCUUAGGAGGUUUCAAUUAAAUGUGCACCUUCCCGCAAUGAGAUUAAGCAAAGAAGCAUUUUUGGAAACAGGCGAAACGUUGUCUCUAAAAUGCGCUGUUCUAAAUCUACAUCCCGGCGAGGAUGUACCAGAAAUGCAUUGGUACAGAGGGAACAGUACCCUGUCCUUGGACGAAGCAAGAGGAGGUGUUUUAAUUGAAACCGACCAUUUAACUUUGACGAGUCAUUUACAGGUCGCUCGUCUAAAAAUGGAGGAUGCCGGGAAUUACACGUGUGCUUUGGAAGCUCCAAUCCGAAUGAAAGCUGUUACAAGAGUUCACGUAUUGCAAGGCUCAAGUCUAGCUGAACUUCAGAGUGGCGUGAAAACAAAAUCCAGUUAUGUGACACUUCUUUUGACGCCAUUGCUGUUAGCUUUUGGAACGCUGAUAGGCGACGUGAGGUGACCAAUCUAGAUAUAGACCCAAACAUAAUUGUAAAGGCUGAAGUUGGAAUGAUUUAGUGGUUAUUUUCCAAUUUUCAAACAAUAUAUGUAACUUUUUAAACUGCCCGAAUUUAAGGUGUACAACAAUGGUUCUUGAAAACCGAUUUCCUUUUAUACAUUUUGCUUAUUAAAGGUUUGA